GUGUUGCUUCGCUUCUUGAGUGAGACAGUAGUUUAUCUAAUCCAAAAAUCCGUACAGUACAAAACUAAUUUCAUGUUCAUCAAUAGUCUGUAAUAACUUAUCGAGAGUUCUUAAUUCAAAAAUUGCCUUUAUUUUGUCUACAAUAUUGUUUUGCAUAGUAGGCUAUAAAUUAUUUUAGGAGUUAACUUACAAUGCAGGUUUACAAUUAAUUUUCGCCGGUACAGAAAAGCUUGUGUGAUAUUUAUUACUGCAUUAAGCUUAAGACUAAUAAGAGUUAGUUUUUUUUAUAAAAAGUGACAAGGUCAAUCUAAAGAUGCAGAAGCCUAGCGUACUAUUAAAUAUUUACAGUAUAGCAUUAUUGUUUGUCACUUGCAUUGAGUGUCUAGAGGAAGAAAGCUGUUACUCCUAUGCUGGCGCUGGUGGAAAUAUUUAUCCCCAUGGAGUGGGAAACAGUGUUGAACAUAAACUUCAGUUUACUAAAGCAGUCAUCUCAAAACCAGCUCCUGCUUGGGAGGGAACUGCUGUUGUUAACGGGGAGCUCAAAGCUUUAAAACUCUCAGAUUUUCUUGGAAAAUAUUUGGUUUUCUUCUUCUAUCCAUUGGACUUUACGUUUGUUUGUCCAACGGAAAUUCUGGCUUUCAACGAUCGCAUCAAGGAGUUCCACAAGAUCAACACUGAGGUGGUUGGGUGCUCGGUUGACUCUCAUUUCACCCACCUUGCGUGGAUGAACACUCCUCGCAAAGAAGGAGGGCUUGGCCCUCUCAAGAUACCACUGUUGUCCGACCUCACUCACAGAAUCAGCAAAGACUACGGAGUCUACCUUGAAGACUUGGGACACACACUUAGAGGGUUGUUCAUUAUUGAUACCAAGGGGAUUCUUCGGCAAAUCACCAUGAACGACCUGCCUGUAGGCCGCAGUGUAGACGAGACCUUACGCUUGGUGCAGGCCUUCCAGUACACGGACAUGCACGGGGAAGUGUGCCCAGCGGGUUGGCGGCCGGGCCAGGACACGAUAAUUCCUGAUCCGGAAAAGAAAAAGGAGUUUUUCAAAAAGCAAGCAAAAUCCAACGCUGACUUGUAAAUAUUUUGUGGCUGCAAACUUAAACAUCACCAUUCAUCACAGUGUUAGCAAUUAUAAGACUGAUUUUUAGGUUUACUGCAAGACUCAAAACAGGGUUAUAGAUGCUUUUAUCUAAAAUUUAUUUUCUAUGGAUUACAAAAAAUUAUAGACUUUAUUAUUGUUUUUAAAUAUUUUUUAAUAGAAAAUAAAAUCCUCUUUGCAUUGUU